GCCAUGCUCCGCCCACAGGAAGACGACCUGAGUGAUGAAACCUUCCCUCCUCUUCCUCCUCCUCACUCCCCCGGACAGGGAGGAGGUCAGGAGCAGGGAGAGCUUUUUGGAGACGCAGAGGAAGGGGAGCUGUCCAAGCUGGCUGAUGUUCCUGCUGCUAAACCGAAGGGAGUGAAGAGGCCACAACCCAAACUGGACUCUCAGAGACUGACCUCAGACAGAGGACUUCCUGCUCUGCGCCCACUGUUCCACAACGUUCAUUUUAAAGGCAAAGGACACGAGGCUGAGGACCUGCGCCUGCUGAUGCUGAGGAUGGAGAACUGGGCCCACCGGCUCUUCCCCAAGCUGCAGUUUGAAGAUUUCAUCGAGAAGGUGGAGAAACUCGGCGCCAAGAGGGAAGUUCAGACCUGCCUGAAGCGAAUACGACUGGACAUGCCUGUGGCGCAGCAGGACUUCCAGGACAGAGAGGGUGAGGAGGAAGUGCCGCCCGAGUUUCUGACCUUCCAGGACUUUGAUGUCUUCAGCGGUGAGAGCUCCGAUAACGUGCACUCCACGCUGGCCCCUCCUGCUGCCAGCACCCCCUCCCUGACAGAGGAGCAGCUCAAACUGAUCGAACUGAACCGACAGAGAGCGCUGCAGAGGAGGCUGGCUCGACUGCAGCCCACAGUCGUGACGGUUUGUUAAUGAAAAACAUGACGACAUUUAGUUUCCAUGUUUGGACUGGACUUUGAGCUUACCUGAGGACAGCACCAGGAGCCAUGUGAAGCUAACAAACACAAUGCAUUGUGGGAAAUUAAAGAGUUUGUAUCUAAAUCAGAGGCUGCAGCUCAAACUCUUCUCUGGUUUUCUCUCCUUUAGUUUUCAUUUAAAAUUACUUCCAGACAUAAAUUUACAGAUUUUAACUAGUUUUUAGUUUAGCAAAUGUUUCAAAUGUCUGUGAAAAGAUUGUUAGCUGGGUUUAAUAUUUGUGUUAUUGUUGUAUCAACAUGUGUCAGAUCAAAUAAAGUACGUUUAUUCAGUUUCAACUA